AUGACUACUUCCUCCUGCGCUGGCUGCGAGCUCGAAACUUUGACCUGCAGAAAUCCGAGGACAUGCUCCGAAGGACCCAAGUCCCCCCAGCCCACCUCCUGUCCCCAUGCCCUGAGAGCCUGGCACAUGGAGUUCCGGGAGCAACAAGACCUGGACAACAUUGUCACGUGGCAGCCCCCUGAGGUCAUCCAGCUGUAUGACUCGGGUGGUCUUUGUGGCUACGACUACAAAGGCUGCCCUGUGUACUUCAACAUCAUCGGGUCCCUCGACCCCAAGGGUCUCCUGCUGUCAGCUUCCAAGCAGAAUAUGAUCCGGAAGCGCAUCAAGGUCUGCGAGCUGCUUUUGCGUGAGUGUGAGCUGCAGACUCAGAAGCUGGGCAGGAAGAUCGAGAUGGCGCUGAUGGUGUUUGACAUGGAGGGGCUGAGCCUGAAACACCUAUGGAAUCCAGCUGUGGAGGUCUACCAGCAGUUUUUUAGCAUCCUGGAAGCAAAUUAUCCUGAGACUUUGAAGAACUUAAUUGUUAUUCGAGCCCCCAAACUGUUCCCCGUGGCCUUCAACUUGGUCAAGCCGUUCAUGAGUGAGGAGACACGCAGGAAGAUUGUGAUUCUGGGAGACAACUGGAAGCAGGAGCUGACAAAAUUCAUCAGCCCUGACCAGCUGCCCGUGGAGUUUGGGGGGACCAUGACUGACCCUGAUGGCAACCCCAAGUGCCUGACCAAGAUCAACUAUGGGGGCGAGGUGCCCAAGAGCUACUACCUGUGCAAGCAGGUGAGGCUGCAGUAUGAGCACACGGUGUCCGUGGGCCGCGGCUCCUCCCUGCAGGUGGAGAACGAGAUCCUGUUCCCGGGCUGUGUGCUCAGGUGGCAGUUUGCAUCGGAUGGUGGGGACAUCGGCUUUGGGGUUUUCCUGAAGACCAAGAUGGGGGAGCAGCAGAGGGCUAGGGAGAUGACGGAGGUGUUGCCCAGCCAGCGCUACAACGCCCACAUGGUGCCUGAGGAUGGGAGCCUCACCUGCCUCCAGGCUGGCGUCUAUGUCCUGCGCUUCGACAACACCUACAGUCGGAUGCAUGCCAAGAAGCUCAGCUACACUGUGGAGGUGCUGCUUCCCGACAAGGCCUCUGAGGAGACGCUGCAGAGUCUCAAGGCGAUGAGAACCUCCCCAACACAGUGAAGACCCCAGCCACCUCUACUUGUGCGCUCCAACCCCUUCACACCCACCCCUCUGACCCCUGCCUUCCCAGGCAGGGUGGUGCUGAAGGUGGCUGCAGAGAGCCACUUGUCCCACGUCAGCAUUUCAUCUCAUUGUAGGCUCACCUGGCACAGUGCCCAAGCAGGAAGGGGCCACCAGUACAUAGGCCAUGCUGAAGAUUCAGACAGGAACCUCUUUCCCUGUUCCCAGAGAAAGGGACUGAGAAUGAGAACGCUGAAGAUGAUCCAGUCCACUGAGGAUGGGUCCUGCCUGCAGAAGCUGCCCUUUCAUCCAUCUCGACAAGAUCCAGCCACCCAGGACUCACCCAUGCCUGGUGUUCCAGCUUCAGGUGGUGUGCGUGGCUCCCAGGUCCUGUGGACAUCACAGCUUCAGGCCUGAAGAGCAGAGAAGCCCCAUUCUCUGCAUGUAGGAGGUCAGCAGGGGUGGGCAGGCCCAGCUGGAGGCAGCUGGGUGAGGGUCCUGGUUCCAGCAGAGCACUGGGGCCCAUCCAAGUUAGUUCUGCCACCACUGGAUGGAAAAUUGGAAAUGGGCUGGGCGUGGCGGCUCAUGCCUAUAAUUCCAGCACUUUGGGAGGCCGAGGUGGGCAGAUCAUCUGAGGUCAGGAGCUCGAGACCAGCCUGGGCAAUAUGGUGAAACCCUGUCUCUACUAAAAAUGCAAAAAUUAGCGGGGCGUAGUGGCAUGCGCCUGUAAUCCCAGCUACUCUCAGGAGGUUGAGGCAGGAGAAUCACUUGUACCCAGGAGGUGGAGGUUGUACUGAGCUGAGAUCAUGCCACUGCACUCCAGCCUGGGUGACAGAGCCAGACUCCGUCUCUAAACAAACAAACAAAUAAAUAAAAGAAAAUUGGAAAUGGAGAGGUGGGGCCUGGCAUGGGUAACCAUCAGAGGAAAAAGCCAUGCUCAGCCUUCCAGUUGAAUCUGUAAGGACUGAGUCUCCAGGGAAUUCCCGGUGCCCUCCCCUCCACACCUGCUGUGAUCUUGUCAACAUUUAACUUUGGUUCUCUUGGCAGCUGCACCACUCAUGGGUGCAUAUACAUAGAGUCUGAACAGGUGCUCUGCUGCUAGAAACAGCAAACCAUCUAGAUUAAACUCUUAAAGCCAGUGCCACGAGGCAUUCCUGUUCCAAGUGGGUGUUUGAGGACAUUGGCAAGUAAAAAAAAAAUGGCUGUGCUGGCUCCAAGGAGAUGGCCUAGGCUGUCGGGCAAGAGUCACAGGACAUCCCCAUGUCCAGGGGCUGCCUCUGCAUCGGAGAUGUGACAGGCAUCCCCACUACCCUGUAGCGCUGCGUGGCCACACUGUCUGCUCCUUCCCCAGAUGCAGUGACAUUUGGAGUGCCCAGAGGCACUUGGGCUUCCAUGGCAGGCUGUGGCCAACCGGAGCUGGGAGGACCCUGUGCUAAAUUUCACAAGGCCCACCGGUUGUCAUGAUGGGGGAUUGUAAUGCCUCACUUCAGCUUUGACAUCCUCUGCCUUGACGCCUAAAAACCAGGGGUUCCUAGACUUGAACUCUGAUUCUUGCCCAUGUAACUACCUACAGCCAAUUUUCCAUCAACACAGCCUUGUCUGGUGUCCUUGCAGGUAGCAAGGAUUGCUCUGCCCCAUGCACAAGUGUUUCCUGAGACUCUGAUGACAGGGCUGUGAUCACAAAUAUGGGCUGGCUGGGGGGGUGGCAAACAAAAAUGGGAUCAGGUGCAGGCACUAGUGACUGAAUUGCAGUGAACAGUGGUCGCCUGCAGAGGUGAGAGCGGAAUCUCCUACCAAUUCAGGAGCGGAGGGGCACACUGGGAGCUCAGCAGGGACACAUGUCCUCAGCAACCCCAUUUCCAAUUCUUUUUUUUUUUUUUCUUUUCUUUUCUGAGAUAGAGUCUCUGUUGCCUAGACUGGAGUACAGUGGUGUGAUCUCAGCUCACUGCAAACUUCACCUCCCAGGUUCAAGCAACUCUCCCACCUCAGCCUCUCGAGUAGCUAGGACUACAAACAUGUACCACCACACCUGGCUGAUUUUUGUAUUUUUAGUAGAGAUGGUGUUUCACCAUGUUGGCCAGGCUGGUCUCAAACCCCUGACCUCAAGUGAUCUGCCCGGCUGAGCCUCCCAAAGUGCUGGGAUUACAGGUAUGAGCCACCAUGCCUGGCCUCCAUGUAUAAUUUUUAACACUGUCACGUUUUUACAAAACUGAAAAAAAAAAGUCACCCAGAGAGGGGAAGUGGCUUGCCCAAAGUUUGUUUCUUCAUUUAUUCAUUCACUGAUAUUAAUUUAAUUUAAUUUAAUUUUUUAAAAGUAGAGACAGGCCGGGCACGGUGGCUCACGCCUGUAAUCCCAGCACUUUGGGAGGCCGAGGCGGGCAGAUCACGAGGUCAGGAGAUCGAGACCAUCCUGGCUAACACAGUGAAACCCUGUCUCUACUAAAAAUACAAAAAAUUAGCUGGGCGUGAUGGCGGGCACCUGUAGUCCCAGCUACUCUAGAGGCUGAGGCAGGAGAAUGACGUGAACCCGGGAGGCGGAGCUUGCAGUGAGCCGAGAUCGCGCCACUGCACUCCAGCCUGGGCAACAGAGCGAGACUCCGUCUCAAAAAAAAAAAAUGUAGAGACAGAGGUCUUGCUAUGUUGCCCAGGCUGGUCUGGAACUUCUAGGCUCAAGCCAUCCUCCCUGCCUCAGCUUCCCAAAGUGCUGAGGUCACAGGUGUGAGCCACUGAGCCCAGCCUGCUUUUGGGUGUUUAUUAAGUAUCUGCCCAGCACCAGGCAUGGCAGACUCUGGGGACACCGAGGACCCUGGGCUGACCCAACUGUGUUAACCGGAGGUUUGUGCUCAUGGAGGGAGGGAGGUGGAAGUGACACCAGUGAUCAGUUAUCAAGUGGGUGCAUUGUCACCAUGCAUGCUUGGUUGGGGGCAGGAGCCAAACUCUGGGGGAGCACCCAGCCAAGAAACCUGACAAGGGGUCACGUAUGCUUUGUGCAAGGAGGAGGUGACCCUGAAGGGAGAGCUGUCGGAUGUGCGGGAUGACAGCAGGCGAGCCUUCCAGACAGGAACUGGGGGUGGGCGGCCAGUGGGGCAGGGGUGUCUGAGGCCAAAGGAAAGCUGGAAGGGCUCUCCCAGCCUGGGGCAACGCUGGUAACAACUCACUGGUAUUUCCUGUUUCUUCAUGGACAACUGUGUACACAUUAAAUAGUUAUUAAUAAUUAAUAAAACCAUUUUAUAAUGCCAGUUACAAAA